AAUCGACGUCCAUAUACCCUCAAUACCGCCCGCCAUUGUCGCCCAACCUUGCCCUCUACCCCAAGUCUCUCCACGCCACACAAUUCGCGCAUAUACGCCAUUCGUAUCGAGCUUGGCGACGCAGCGGUCUUCAUGGAGCUUGCCCGGCUGCUGGCCCGAUCGCGACUGCCGUAGGAAGACAGCACCGUCUUCCACAGCUAGCGAUAGCCAGUAUGCCCGAGCAGGAGGAAGCGAGGCCAAAUGUACAAAAGGACAUUCCGAAUAGGCCGCGUGAUCUGACCGAGGUUUCAAGAGCUGUGUUGCGGAGCGAGCAGGCAAAGCGAUGGACCAAGAGGUAUAGGACUGAGGUCGCCGCAAGCUCCAGCAGUCUGCUUUCCACCUUUGCUGCAUAUCCUCUGGACUCGGUCAAGACCCGACUGCAAGCCUACAAGUUCAGUUCCUUCACUGACUGCGUUCGCCAUACCUACAAGACUGAAGGCUUUCAUGGUUUCUAUCGCGGGGUCUGGUCUCCUCUUGCAAGCAUUACCCUCGUCCGUACCGUAUCCUUCUCGAUAUAUCAGCGAACCAAGUACGCGCUCGACAACUGGAUCUACCAGACUACUGGAAGCUCGCCACUUGUCAUCGCCAACACGAGAGGCGCAUGGCCUACGCUCUCGACAGUUGCGUGUUUCGGUCUGGCAGGUGUGAAUGCGGGUGCUGCCAUUACGGUAAUUGCAUGUCCUUUCGAAUUGACCAAAUUGAGUGCCCAAAUCUCCGUGUUGAUGGCCGAGCGCAGCGACGGUGGCGGUAAGAACGAAGCCAUACGGAAAAGCUACCAGAAUUUGGGAACCUGGAAGACGGCGCAAAAUCUGGUCAAACACCGGGGAUGGGGAGGCCUGUACUCCGGUUUUCAUUUACAUCUACUUCGAGAUUCCAUCGGUACCGGCAUCUAUUUUGUUACAUAUGAGAGUGUGAAACAGAUCCUGGCAAAUGCACGCGGAACUUCGCCCACCCAUCCAUUGGCUGUGGUUAUAGCUGGUGGAGUAUGCGGAUUGGUCAGUUGGGCAUGCAUCUUUCCCAUCGAUACGGUAAAAAGCAUCUACCAGCGCAACUGCCUCGUCGGAGGCAAAGACAAGGCAACCAGACCAAAAAUAGAGUUCUUCAGUCGGCGGAUGUACAGAGGUCUGGGGGUUUCCAUGUCUCGAUCAUGCAUGGUCAAUGCAAUUUUCUUUACCGCCUUUGAGUUUCUCAAGAAGCGAAUCAAUGGCAUGACCUAUGACGAAGAACUCCUCCGCGCAAAUGAUUAUUAAUCGCAAUCGAUGCUUAUCUGGCAUUUAUAUGAUUAGGGUUUCACUGUUUCUGCAUCUGGCAUGGAGUAGGCGCAUAUCAUUGCUUGUGUGGAAGCGGGUAUGUAACUUAUCCAGGAUUUGAGUACGCUACUGCUGGCAUAGCAUUGAAUAUGACGCAUGUACAUCGUGCGCCCUUUGCUCAAAA